AUUCUGAGUGAAAAAUGCCUCCCCCAGGGUGCCACCACAACCCAAAUGAAGAUGAUGUGAAUUCUCCUACCAGUCCUUUGAACUUCCUGGAUCAGAACUACCAAGAGCUUCUCCAGAACUGUCUCACUGAAAACACACUAUACAACGAUGAGUUGUUUCCUCCAGACAACAGCUCCAUUGGCUUGUUUGAUGAUGAGCCGCCUGUGGUGGAUAUGUCCCAAGUUGUGUGGAAGCGGCCAUUCGAAUUGGUGUCAGACCCUAAUUUAAUUGUAGACGGCGUGUCCAGGUUUGAUUAUGCACAGGGGAGUGUAUUAGGAAACUGUUGGUUUUUGGCUUCAAUUGGGGCUCUGACUUUUGAGAAGGAUAUCAUGAAACAGGUCAUGCCAGCUGAACAAUCAUUCACCAAGGAUUAUGCUGGGAUAUUUCACUUCAGGUUCUGGCGAUUUGGGAAAUGGAUUGAUGUUGUUAUUGAUGACCAACUUCCAACUAUUGAUGACGAACUACUUUUUGUGUCUUCAAAAACGUCUAAUGAAUUUUGGCCUGCCUUACUGGAGAAAGCAUAUGCAAAGGUGUGUGGGUCCUAUGCUGACUUGAAUGCUGGUUUCAUAUCUGAGGCCCUGAUGGACUUCACUGGUGGGACGCAUAUGUAUUAUGAACUGAAUACAGCUCCUGCUGAUUUGUGGAAAAUCAUGGAAUGUGCAUUCACAUCAAAAACGCUUAUAGGUUGCGGCUCUAUUACAGUGACAACACCUGAAGAAAACGAGAUACUUUGUGGCAUAGUUGCGGGACAUGCUUACACUGUGACAGGAGUUUUUGAGGUAACGAGUGAUGAAAAUCCAGUUCAUCUGGUGAGAUUGUUAAACCCAUGGGGCGAAGAAGAGUGGCAAGGAGACUGGAGUGACGGAUCACCUUUGUGGGACACAGUUUGUGAAGAGGUCCGCAAAAUUUGCCAUGAAGUCUUAAAUAACGGGGAGUUCUGGAUGUCAAUGGAAGACUUCAGCACAAUUUUUGAAAGCAUAGAUAUUUGUUGUAGCUGUCCUGAUUUUUUGGAUGGUUCCUCUGAAUGUCACUGGACCUCAAAACGGCAUUUUGGCAGAUGGAAUUCUGGGACUACAGCAGGUGGUGACAUAAUUAAGACAGAGACCUUCUGGACAAACCCUCAGUUUCGGGUGACAAUUGAUGAGCUUAAUGAGGAAUGUGCUAGUGGGCAGCGCCCUGAAAACACACUGGUGUCCCUCAUGCAGAACCAAGAGAAGAAAAACAGGAAUAGCCAAGAAAAUUAUGAUAUUGGCUUCUAUGUCUUUGAGAUACCAUUAGAGAUGAGAAGUCAGAGUGGGAGGUUUUCAUCUGAGUUCUUCAUUGAGAGAGAGCCUGUGGCACAGACUGAUGGUUUAGUAUGGCUCAGAGAGGUUAUGAAAUUCUUCAGGCUGGAGCCAGGAGAGUACCUGAUUGUACCGUGCACGGAGAAUCCUGGUGAAACCGCAUCCUUCGUCUUGUCUAUUUUCUCAAAGAAUGAGACACACUUUGAACAUAUUCAGGAGACUUCAGAGUAGAAUGGAGACAUGUCUUGAUGAGGGUGAGGUAAACCCUUUGUUGUCUGCUGUCUUUAUGCUUAUUUUCCUUUCAAUUGUUAAUUCAAGAAAAAAAGUAGAAUUUUAUUAGU